AACCAACAGCUCAAGAUGCGGGCACUGGGAACGCUGCUAACAGUACUGCUACUACAGUAUGAUUCAAGUGGAGCAACUGACCCCACAUACCUGGUGGCAGUCACUUCUCAGACAGUGAGCGGCACUACAGAGACUCUGUGUGCACAUAUCCAUGAGUCCAGUACAACCCUUUCUUUAGUGGUAACUUUGAGCUCAGAUAAUGGAAAUAUGACCAUUCUUAACGAGAAAUAUAUUAAAAGGGAUUACUACAAGUGUGUGCCUUUCCAGGUCCCUGUAGUGCUUGUAGACACUGUGGGAACUGUCUAUGUUCAAAUCAAAGGAGCUUCAACAACGCUUGUCAAAACCACCCGGAUUCUCAUAAAUCCUCCAAAGAAGCUAGUUUUCAUCCAAACAGACAAGCCAAUCUACAAACCUGGGGAAACAGUAAAGUUUCGCAUCGUCUCUUUGGAUUCCAAUUUCUUGACUCACAAUCAGAGGUUUCAAACAGUAGAACUCCGGGAUCCUAACUCAAACCGCAUUGGUCAGUGGUUGAAUCAGACCACCAGGAAUGGCAUUUUAGAUCAUUUCCACCGCAUGACACCUCAGGCCGCUGAGGGCAACUACGUCAUCACUGCUUGGGAUAAGAAUAACCAACAAACAACACACUACUUUGAAAUUAAAGGAUAUGUUCUGCCUAAAUUUGAUGUCAACGUGAAUCUUCCUCCUAUUAUAACUCCCACGAACAAAGAGUUCAUGCUACACAUUUGUGCUCAAUACACCUAUGGGAAGGGCAUUCAGGGAUCUGUGACUGCUGAAGUGUGUGGAAUAAACUAUAAUUAUUACUGGUCUCGCCGAGUUGAUUACUGGAAUCAUGGAAGUACACCAAAAACAUGCAGAAACUACGUCAUAAAGACCGACAAGACCGGCUGUGCCUCUCAAGUAUUAAAUGUGACUGAAUAUCACAUGAGUCCAGGAGGAUAUUUUCAGAUCAAUUACAAAGUAGAAGAGGAUGGAACAGGGAUUACAGUGGAGGGUUCAGCUGGAGCUUCUUAUAGCAGCGACGUUAUCACAGUUUCCUUUGUUGACGCAGCAGAUACAUACAAACCUGGGAUUCCCUAUGAGGGAAAGGUUCUGGUCACUGAUGUAAACAGCAAACCACUGAAAGAUCAAAAAGUGUAUCUCAUUGUAAACCACGAUUUGAAAAGUGUGAAUAGGACACUAAUGACAGACAGCAAAGGCAUGGCUCACUUCUCUUUAGACAUGACAGAUUGGUCAAGUCAACCUGUUUAUUUACAGGUUCGCCACAGUGGGGAUGAACUCCAGAAUGGUUUCUGGCCUGCAACAAGAUAUUAUAAUGGAGCCAGUCUCUGGUUAAGCCCGUUCUACUCCAAAAGCAAAAGUUUUCUAAAGUUAAUUUCGACUUCAAACCCAUUGAGUUGUUUGAAUGGGGCAAAUGUAGAGGCCAGUUACAUCAUUCAGGGCAGUGCACUGAAAAAGGGACAGAAAAUAUUGGAUGUCUUCUGGAUGGUCUUUUCGAAAGGCAGUAUGGCUCAAAAUGGCCUUGUCUAUGUCAAAGUGCAGUUUGGAACAGAAAACAAAGGCAAAUUGUCAUUCAAAUUAAGAAAAAACGCAGCCCUGUCUCCAUUUGCCCAGGUAGUGGUGUACACAGUUCUUCCCAAUGGAGAAACAGUAGCAGACAGCUGGAACUUCCCCAUUGAACAAUGCUUGCCAAACAAGGUGUCCUUAAAUUUCUCAUCUACCACGGCUCUGCCUAAAGAAACAGCGACUCUAAACCUGAGAGCCCAGCCUGGUUCCCUUUGCUCGGUCAGGUCCAUUGAUCAGAGCGUUCUGCUUUUAAAACCAGAGGCUGAACUAAAUGCUGCCUUUGUUUUUGGAAUGUUACCAGUCCAAAUGCUGGGCGAUUACCCAUACCAAGUUUGGGAAUAUAAUGAAGAUCCCUGUAUACCUAGAGACAUGGAUCCAAUUGACCCCCCGAUACUCGUGAGGGAUCCAAUUGACCCCCCAAUGCUGGCGACGGAAAGACGUUCACUCUUUUAUUACCCUUAUUUCAAUAGAAAUGAUGCAUACAGUGCCUUUAAAGCAAUUGGAGUCAAAAUUGCUACCAACUCUGAUGUGAAAGAACCUGUUUACUGUAAUAAAUAUAUGUUUAUGAGGCCAGCAGUGGCACCAGGUGCAGGUGAUGUUCAACCAGAUGAAAGAACAGAAAAUAUGGGUGUUGGUCCACCUAUGGAAAAAACUGUUCGAAAUACAAUCCGCAAAUUCUUUCCGGAAACUUGGAUAUGGGAUCUUGUGCCUGUGGGGAGAUCUGGAUCCGUGACACUUAGAAGAACUGUUCCUGACACCAUCACUAAAUGGGCCACAGAUGCUUUCUGCACAUCUUCUGUUGGUUUCGGAGUGGCACCCAGCACUGCUCUCACUGCUUUUAAGCCGUUCUUCGUCAGCCUCACACUCCCCUACUCUGUUAUACGUGGAGAAGUUGUCAUCCUCAAAGCAACUGUAUUCAACUAUCUUUCCAAAUGUAUUAUGGUAAAGGUCACCUUGGCAGGUUCAAAGCAGUUUGAAGUUUCUCCUUUCAACAUUGGAAAUUAUACUCAAUGUGUUUGCUCAGAAGAGAGCAAAACCUUUGAAUGGAUUGUUACACCAAUUGUCCCGGGACGAAUUAACAUUGCUGUGACAUCUGAAGCUCUGCAGACUCAAGAACGUUGUGAAAAUGAGGUGGUGACAGUGCCAAAAAGAGGGCAUAUUGAUACUGUGGUGCACUCACUUUUGGUGGAGGCAGAGGGAACUAAACAGAUAGUCACUCACAACGACCUCAUCUGCUUGACAGGAAAUCAAAUGAACACAACUGUUCCUCUCACUCUGCCCGAGCAAUUUAUCGAGGGAUCUGUUCAAAGCUUUGUCACUGUAGUAGGUGAUCUGAUAGGUUGUGCUUUAAAAAACAUCGCUGAUCUGUUGCGGAUGCCUUACGGCUGUGGAGAGCAGAAAAUGGCGAUCCUUGCACCCAAUAUUUACAUCCUUCAGUACUUGGAGAGCAGUGGACAGCUCACUCCUGAGAUUUUGGAACGAGCUAAAACCUAUCUGGAGACUGGUUACCAAAUAGAGCUGACAUUCAAGCAAAAUGAUGGAUCUUACAGCCUUCACGGGAUGAGAGAUGCCUCUGGUAACACUUGGUUAACUGCGUUCGUGAUGAAGACCUUUGGAGGGGCAAAGAAAUAUGUAUUCAUAGAUCAGACACAAAUCGACCAGGCAAAGACUUGGUUGGGUCAGCAGCAGCAGACAAAUGGGUGCUAUGCCUCAAUGGGCCCAUUCUUAAACAAUUUAAUGAGGGACGGAGUCAGUGAUCAUGUCACUCUAACUGCAUACAUCACAGCAGCUCUGUUGGAGAUGGGCAUAAAUAAAUCUGAUCCUAUGGUAGCGAAAGGCCUUGAAUGUCUGAUGGAAGCUUCCAGCAACCUUAACAACAUGUUCUUUACUGCCCUGUCCUUCUACACAUACACUCUUGCUGGAGACCAAGAGAUGAGGCAGAAACUCAUCUCCAACUUGGAUAGUCAAGCCAAGAGAAAAGGGAUUGAGCGGUAUUGGUCUAAUAUACCGUAUAAUGGAAUGGUAGGCUCUUUUGAGGUACAAAUGAGCUCCUAUGUGUUGCUGGGGCUGCUUUCUGGACCCCUACUGCCAAACUUUGGACUGAACUAUUCUUCUACCAUAGUGCACUGGCUGGUCAAGAGGCAAAAUGCCUAUGGAGGUUUCUCCUCUACUCAGGACACUGUGGUGGCUCUCCAGGCACUCGCUAAAUACAGUGCUGCCACCUACAGUCCAACAGGAACCGUUGUUGUCGGUGUGACCUCCCCUUCAAGGCAAAAAUAUGACUUCACUAUAAACCAGCAAAACCGACUCCUUUACCAGGAGAAACAGCUGCAGCCACCUACAGGAAACUUCACACUCGCUGCACAGGGAAAAGGUUGUGCACUUGUGCAGUUUUCUUUGCAUUACAAUACCCCAUUCAUUAGCAGCUUCACGUUCUUCAACCUCGAAGUAAAUGCUACUUCCGUUUGUGCCAGCGAAAAGAACAUACUUGUUUCAUUAGAUUUCACUGUCAGUUAUAAUGGUCCACGAACAGGGACAAACAUGGUGAUCAUUGAAGUGAAGCUUCUGUCUGGAUUUGUGCUGGAUGACUUGUCAUUACAAUCUCUUCAGCAGGAUUCCAGAAUCAAACUUGUGGAGCAGAAUGAAGGACAUGUCAUCUUGUAUUUGGACGGGAUGAAAGUUGCAGAGACGAAAUCCUUUAACAUGAGUCUGCAACAGGAUGUGGUAGUGAAGGAUCUUAAGCCAGCCUCGGUGACAGUCUACGAUUACUACACGACUUAUGAGCGAGCGGUGAGGAAAUACACCUCCCCAUGUGCCUAGAGACAAUGCCGUGGCAGGAGUAUCGAGAGGUGUUACUGAGCCGCUGAGUGACCAGUAAUUUCAUCAGACAUUCCAAAUCAAUGAUGGAAUUAAUUACUGACUUCAAUUUUUCUUAUCUUCUGACUUUCCUUCCUAAAAUCAGAAAUAUCAGAAUAUACUGUACUGAUGACACAUGCUACUGUGUAGAUUAUCUAUAAGUGACAAUCAAAAGCCAGACUUGUGAUUUGAUCCAUUUGCAAUAAUGUAGGUUUUUAAAAGUAUCCUGUUGAAUAAAACAUUUCUGCAU